AUGGGUAUCUCACGAGACAGCCGCCACAAGCGGUCCGCAACUGGUGCAAAGCGCGCAUACUACCGAAAGAAGAGAGCCUUCGAGAAGGGACGUCAACCAGCCAACACCCGUAUCGGCAAUAAGCGAAUCCAUCUCGUGCGCACCCGAGGCGGCAACACCAAAUACCGAGCCUUGAGAAUUGAAAGCGGCAACUUCUCAUGGGGAUCUGAAGGCAUCGCCCGCAAGGUCCGAGUCAUCGUCGUCGCCUUCCACCCUUCCAACAACGAACUCGUCCGCACAAACACCCUCACUCGCUCCGCUGUGGUUCAAAUCGAUGCCGCACCUUUCCGCACCUGGUAUGAAGCCCACUACGGCACGACCAUUGGCCGCAAGCGAGCUGGACAGAAAGGCGAGGCCGUCGAAGACAAGAAGGUCAGCAAGUCCGUCACAAGCAAGCGUGAGGAGCGGGUGAAGAAGAGUGGAAAGAUCGAGUCUGCUUUGGAGAGACAGUUCGAGGCCGGUCGAUUGUUCGCCGUCAUCAGCUCGAGACCGGGCCAGAGUGGUCGUGUUGAUGGCUACGUUCUUGAGGGUGAUGAGUUGGCCUUCUACCAGAGAGCCAUUAGGAAGUAA